AUGGAUAAGAGUUGGAUGCGAGCAGCAAGGUCUUCCGCUGAGUAUUCUGAAGGAACUAUCAACUUCAUACAAUUUGCUUUUCGUGAGUCAGCAAAAAAUAGUAGGAUUCUCUGCCCUUGCAAGAUAUGUGUAAACUCUCGUUGGUUAGGUGAGCAUGAAGUCUAUGAUCAUUUGAUUUGCGACGGAUUCAUGUCCGGAUAUACCACAUGGAUUCACCAUGGAGAAAGUAUGCGGCCCUCCGAAGCAACUACUGGUCCUAGUUCACAGUUUGAAGAAUAUGGUGAUAGUGAUGAGAUGGAUGAGAUGCUACUAGAAGGAUUUGGGAUGUACGAUACUCGUACUUUAGGAGAGGAGCAAGAGUCUGAAGAUGAUUUCGACGAUGAUGCUGAGGCAUACUAUAGAUUAGUUAAUGAUGGACACCAAGAGUUGUACCCAGGUUGCAAAAGAUUCUCGAAAAAAGCUAAAGCUACUGAUGGCCAACCACUAGCUGAUUGUGUUGAAGUUCUUGUCAAUGUCGUGCUCAAAGAAACAACUGAGCUGCCUCGUGCACAAGGGAAAAUAAACAAGAUAGGAAAUGCCCAAGCUAGGUGUAUUCCAUGGCCACGCAAAAAUAUUAUGCAAACAGGCCGUACUACCGUGCUGCACUCUAAGGUUUCUAGUGUUUGUAGUCAGAUGUCUUUCAACAAUAGCGAGAAUGUGGAUCCCAACGAAACAACUACUGGAACUCAGGUGACCAACCAUCAGACUAAUUGCAGUACUUCAGAAGGUGCAGUGAGGAAUAUACUGAAGAGAAAGAAAGUUUCUGAGACAAUAAGAAUGAAAAAAGUGCUAAGAACAGUCUUUGCUCUUGUAGAUGCCAUCCGAAAGUCGAAGUUGAAGGUGACACACAGCUGA